GUGUGACGGUUCUGUGGUCGCUGAGGCGGCCGUCAGAUGCGGUUUCUCCUCAGGUGCCGCUGCGGUUUUGCGUUUUGUCUGUAGGACGUAAUAUCUGUAGACUUUUUACAUUUUGUUGCGCAUUCUAUGAGGGAUAUUUUACAGACAAUUCCUUGAACAUCGUCUCUGGUAGUUGGAGAUAGCACCAUGGAGGAAUUUGAUCUCUGUCUGGAAGACUUGUUUUAUACUGGACCAUCCCAAAAAAAUGUUUUGGAUAAAGAAGGCUUAAAAGACUGGCUCUAUGCUUCAGCACCUUGCAUUGAUGAUAUCCCAAAGAGUCAGGAUCUUCAGAAAGAGAUAGGAGGCAGCCAGCAAUCAGCUAUGAUUAGAAGACUGAAAACAUUUAUACCUCCUCUGAAGAAGACAAAAGCAUUAGACGCCAAUAAUCCAGCAAUGUAUUCUUCAUGGCAUGAUAUUAGUUGUAGCAUGACGGGGACGCCAAACACCCAGAAUACUUGUACCCAGGAUAUGAUCAUAUCACCUCCUUAUUUUCCGCUUGGUGAUAAUGAUAAACAAAGAAAUGAUUUUCAGUUUUAUGAACAGAAUCUCCCACAAACCCAAAAAGUCAAUGGAAAUCCAAGCAUGUUUAGACAGAGCUUAUUCAGACAACACGAUUCUUUCACUUUUGGAGACAGUCAGGUACCCACAGACGAUACAGUGCUGGAUUUAACAUGUGGCCCCAAUGAGAACACAGAUACCCGUCCAAGUUGUAAUGAAGAUCAAGGGAGAUUUUCUUUUCCAUCAUCUUUAAAAUUGUUCAAUGGAGAAGCCAGCACUCCAUAUGGGAUCCUUAAGCCUGUCUCUGAGAUUCCUACACAAUUUAGGGAUAUCUUCAAGGAAUUUCCGUAUUUUAACUAUAUACAGUCAAAAGCUUUUGAUGAUGUUCUGUAUUCAGAUAAGAACUUUGUCAUGUGCUCUCCAACUGGAUCUGGAAAGACGGUGAUAUUUGAGAUAGCAAUUGUGCGAUUACUAAUGGAAACUCCAGCUCCAUGGACAAAUGUUAAAAUCGUGUACAUGGCUCCUAUAAAAGCUUUAUGUGGCCAAAGAUUCGAAGACUGGAAAGAGAAAUUUGAACCUGUUGGAAUAGUCUGUAAGGAGUUGACGGGAGACACGGAGGUGGAGGACUUAUUUGAGAUUCAGCAUGCCCACAUUAUAAUGACAACGCCUGAGAAAUGGGAUAGUAUGACCAGGAAAUGGCGGGAUAACUCCUUGGUUCAACUUGUACGUCUCUUUCUCAUAGAUGAGGUGCACACAGUGAAAGAUGAAAGCCGAGGGGCAACUCUAGAAGUUGUUGUCAGCAGAAUGAAAACAAUGCAGGCAAAAAACAGUGAAGAGAUUCUGCCCAUGCGCUUUGUGGCUGUUUCAGCAACAAUUCCUAAUGCUGGUGACAUUGCAGAAUGGCUUUCCGAUGGAAAGUAUCCGGCCAUAUGUAUGAAAAUGGAUGAAUCUCAUCGACCAGUUAAACUCCGAAAAGUUGUCCUGGGAUUUCCUAGCGGCUGUAACCAAACUGAAUAUAAAUUUGACCUGAGCCUUAACUAUAAAAUAGCAGGUGUCAUACAGACCUAUUCAGAUCAGAAGCCUACACUUGUUUUUUGUGCCACAAGGAAAGGAGUUCAACAAGCAGCUUCAGUCCUUGCAAAAGAAGCAAAUUUUACCUUGAGCAUUGAACAUAAACAGAGACUUCUGAAGGCGGCAAAUGCUAUAAAAGAUGCAAAACUGCGGGAUCUUGUGCUGUACGGUGUGGGAUAUCACCAUGCUGGAGUGGAUGUAUCCGAUAGAAAAAUAAUUGAAGCGACCUUCACAGCCGGAGAACUACCCGUACUGUUUACCACUAGCACCUUGGCUAUGGGUGUUAACCUUCCAGCUCAUUUGGUAAUCAUAAAAUCCACCAUGCAUUAUGCGGCAGGAAUGUUUCAGGAGUACAGCGAGACUGACAUUCUGCAGAUGAUAGGCCGGGCUGGAAGACCCCAGUUUGAUACAACAGCCACUGCAGUUAUCAUGACAAGGUUUAACACCAAGGAGAAGUAUGUACAAAUGGUAAAUGGAGCAGACACCAUUGAAAGCAGCCUGCACAGACAUCUCGUGGAACAUCUGAAUGCAGAAAUAGCUUUGCAUACUGUAACGGAUGUUAACAUUGCUUUGGAGUGGAUUAGAUCAACUUUCUUGUACAUCAGAGCAUUGAAGAAUCCUGCUCACUAUGGUUUCCCACAAGGAUUGGAUAAAGAAGGAAUUGAAGCUAAAUUACAAGAGCUUUGCUUAAGGAACCUGAAUGAUUUAUCAUCAGUUGGAUUGAUUAGAAUGGAUGAAGAAUUCAAUUUUAAGCCAACAGGAAAAGGUAAACUGAUGGCAUCGUACUAUAUUGCCUUUGACACGGCAAAACUAUUAAACACUAUUCAAGGACAGGAAACAAUGGCUGACCUGGUAAUACUGCUAUCUACAUGUAAGGAAUUCUCAGAUGUCCAACUCAGAACCAGUGAGAAGAGAGUACUUAAUUCACUGAAUAAGGAUAAAAACAGGGUAACCAUCAGGUUUCCAAUGGAAGGAAAGAUAAAAUCUAGGGAAAUGAAAGUAAAUUGUCUUAUUCAGGCUCAACUUGGAUGUCUUCCUGUUCAAGAUUUUUCCUUGACACAAGAUAUGGCAAAGAUUUUCAGACAAGGCAUACGAGUGGCUAAAUGUCUGUCUGAGUUUUUAGCAUUACAAGAAAAUAAAUUUACUGCAUUUCUCAAUGCAACGAUUCUGACCAAAUGCUUCAGGUGCAAACUAUGGGAAAACUCGUUACAUGUGUCAAAACAGUUAGAUAAAAUUGGUGUGACUUUAGCAAAUGCAAUGGUGAAUGCCGGCCUUACAUCAUUCAAAAAAAUAGAAGAUUUCAAUGCCAGAGAACUGGAGCUGAUUGUGAACAGACAUCCUCCCUUUGGAAAUCAAAUUAAAGAAUCUGUAAUGUAUCUUCCCAAGUAUCGACUCAGCUUUGAGCAGGUGGGAAGAUACAAUCCCACAACAGCUGAAGUCCUUGUCACUGUUAAGUUAAUAAACUUUGAGCAGCUUCAGAAAAAGAGAACGGCUCCAGAUUCACAUCACGUCUCUCUUGUUAUUGGAGACUCGGAUAACCAAGUUGUAUUUAAGCAGAAAAUCAUGGAUUCUGUCAUGUUGAAGUCAGGAAUCUGGAUGAGAAAAAUUGAAGUCAAGAAAGCUUCCACAUCAGAAAUACUUAGUAUAAAUCUGAUAAGCUCUGAAUAUGUUGGACUUGACAUUCAGCAAAACAUCAGCGUUCUUUAUGCCUUGCCCCAGAGAAUCUUCACGGACACUAAAUUUAUGGGGAAAUAUGAAGAAAAAUUCUCAGAUGAAAGUAAUGAAAGACCUAACUCUGGAAGCUUGCAGACAUUUUCAAGGACAGGAAUUAGAGAAUGCAACCAUCACUGCAAGAACAAGGAAGCUUGUGGACAUGAAUGUUGUAAAACCGGAGUUUCUUAUAAGGCUGACGGUAAAACUAAUUCAGACUUCUCUUCAUAUCUAAGUGAUCUAAGGAGUCGAAAUUCAGUUUCAUCAGCUCCACCAGUAAAGAGACUAAAGAUGCAGAUGCUGAGUGGGUUGAAGAAUGUGAAUCUGGAGAAGUUUGUCUUCAUACCUCAAACUUCCAUGACAGAGUUUUCCAGGUCAACAACCGCACCUGUACAAGCAGUAUUGGAAAAACAGGACAUUUCUGAAACCAGAAAUUAUACACAGCAACCACAAGAUGGUGCACGAUGUUCAUAUUUUGGAAACAGAGAAUAUGUAAAGCAGCAAAGUGCAAGUACGAGCCAAUACCACAAUAAUAUGACUGAUGCAGACAAAUAUAGCUCGUGGUCACAGAAACCUGGAGAUACCAUAAUCGAUUUAGACGAUGACGUCUGGGAUGAUUUUGACGAUGAAAAUUUGGUGGAUGCCAGUAGCAUCACCAUGGAGAAAAGUAUUCCUGGUUUGAAUAUUACUACAUAUAACAAGAACCAAUCAAAAGUAACAGCUUUGGAAGGAAAACAGGACACUGUUGUGAAUUAUAUACAUCAGCAGCUUGAAUAUUCCAACCUCAAAACAAAUCUGAAUAUAAAUAUUCAAAAACAAGUAGAUUUUCCGGAUUCUCAAAUAUCAAAAUACAGGCCAAAUGUACAUAAACCGGUGGCUGCAACUGUAGAACAAUACUCAGGGAGGCCCGAGGUGUCUGCACUGAAUUCACCGCUCUCAUAUAAAGCACAAUACUCGGGUGACUUUUUUGUUAGCGUCGGCCAUGAAAGAUAUUCCAACCUCAAAACAAAUCUGAAUAUAAAUAUUCAAAAACAAGUAGAUUUUCCGGAUUCUCAAAUAGAAAAAUACAGGCCAAAUGUACAUAAACCGGUGGCUGCAACUGUAGGACAAUACUCAGGGAGGCCCGAGGUGUCUGCACUGAAUUCACCGCUCUCAUAUAAAGCACAAUACUCGGGUGACUUUUUUGUUAGCGUCGGCCAUGAAAGUGAAAAUCAAGAUGAAAAAACCCAGGCAUUUAUUGGAAUAUUUGAUGGAAUAUUUUAACCUCCCAAUUGGACCUUUAGUCAUUCCUGCAAGGGUGUGAAAAUAUGGACGUAAUCCAGUUAUUAUUGUUAUAAGUUAAUGUUAUAGAUACAGAGGUAUAUUGUACUCUUAGGUCUCCCUUUUCCCCCUAUAAACCUGUGUUUUUGUAACGCUCAUAUGCAGUAUACACUGUUUAUACAGUUAUUAUGUUUUUCAUAACUAGGCCUAUAAUAUAACACUUGGGAUAUUAAGGGUACACAAUAAAUUUGUCAUGCAUAAAAGCAGGCCAUGUACUUUUACAAAAUGGACAGCAGCACUUUUAUCAGCUGUUUGCUCAAUCUGUGGCAUAUAUAUAUAUAUAUAUAUAUAUAUAUAUAUAUAUAUAUAUACAGAGCAUUUAAGGGGUUAUGUAAUGUUUGCUAAAUAUAAUAUUAUGAUGUUGUGGUGGGAGGAAAAAAAGCCUAUGCUUACCUAGCCCUGGUCCCAUGCUAGUCCUGUUUGUAUACGCCUAAUCUAGUCCUGUUUGUAUACGCCUGAUCAUCUUUUUUUUUCCUUCCUGUUUCCAAGAUAAAUGGUCAGUGCAUUCCCAGCCUGCUCAGCCAAUCACUGUCUGCAGUAGUAUCCCAUAUCGGACAGUCAUUGGCUGAGCAGAUCCACAAGCGUUCAUCUCAGACACAGGAAGAAGAAAGAAGAUCAGGGGAUUGGAUAAACUUAACAGGAGAUGCGGGGGACCCAAGCUAGUUAAGUAUAGCUUUUUUUCUUCUUCUAGGGGAUAAGUGUCUUAUCAGACCACUGGGACCCUUUGCGAUCUAGAGAAUGGAGCCCUGUCUCUUACCUCUAAGUGCUCUGGCCCCCGCCUUCUGAAACAAACUGGUCUCAGCAUUAACAGCCAGCUCAGCCAAUCAGUGGCUAAGGUAGGAGGGCCGGAUGUAAGAGACAAGGCCCCAUUCUGGAAAUUGAGGGCCAGAUGUAAGAGACAAGGCCCCAUUCUGGAAUUUGAGGGCCGGAUGUAAGAGACAAGGCCCCAUUCUGGAAAUUGAGGACCGGAUGUAAGAGACAAGGUCCCAUUCUGGAAAUUGAGGGCCGGAUGUAAGAGACAAGGCCCCAUUCUGAAAAUUGAGGACCGGAUGUAAGAGACAAGGUCCCAUUCUGGAAAUUGAGGACCGGAUGUAAGAGACAAGGCCCCAUUCUGGAAAUUGAGGGCAGGAUGUAAGAGACAAGGUCCCAUUCUGGAAAUUGAGGGCAGGAUGUAAGAGACAAGGUCCCAUUCUGGAAUUUGAGGACUGGAUGUAAGAGACAAGGUCCCAUUCUGGAAAUUGAGGGCCGGAUGUAAGAGACAAGGACCCAUUCUGGAAAUAUUGGGGGGGGGGGGGGGGCAGACAGACCUCAUGUGUUCAGACACGUAUCCCUUAUCCUGUUGAUGAAUGUGAUCAGCUGUAUAGCCCCAGUUAAUGUCCUAUGAAUGGCUCCUAGUACAGUAUUCAAUGAACCAUGCCGCAAUAUAUAUACCAAUACAACUGAAAAACCCCUUCAUGUUUCACCACAUGAAACAAAUCCCUCCAUGUUUCGUUUCACCACAUGAAACCGGAGGCAUAAAAAAAAGAAAAGUAGGGCCCUGCCAAAUGCAUGACUGUAAUAUGGCAAUUUGCCUGAUGCCCAAGUUUUAGAGAGAGGUACAAGGUACAUUGUAUUCUUACAGUAAUUAAGGCAGUGUUUUCCUACCAGGGUGCCUCCAGC